AUGUUUAUACUUCAAUUAAUCGGGGCCUUAAUUGUGCUCAUCAUUGAAACCUUUAAUCGAUUGGAAUUAAAAUAAUCUCUCAUCUACUUCUACUAUCGUUAUGGCACCAGUCUUAGAGAACCUACUAAUGAUCAAAUACAGAUUGAAAAUUAGCACAGUCUAAUCUACCAAAUCAAAGCCCAUUUGUAACAAACUCGCCAAUUCGAUAAAGAAUGCAAUUAUCUUAAUUACUUACAAGAUGAAGCAACCCUUUUUUAGUAUCAAAUAGACUGUGCAAUAGACACUCAUCUCCACAAUAAUCAGAUUUACAUUAUUGACUACAACAAUUUUUUGAGUGUAUAUUAAAUCGAUGCCGAAGAAAUCUUCGAUACAGAGUUUUAUGGAUUCAAUAAAUGGAUAUCAAUAAAACUCAUAUUCCAAACCAUCUAUUUAGGAGAGUAUUACAAAUCCUAAGUAAUGGAUCAAAUCCUCUAUAUGACUACCAUACACUCAUUGAAUAUGAUCCAUUACGUCUAUAAAGAUGGAUCUAUAAACAAAUUUGAAUCUAUUUAAUAAGACCGAAUUAUUAACUUUUAUUCAUCCAACAAGUAGUUACUCAUUAUCAGUAAUACCUAUGACAUUCAGUACAUUUCAGUGAUGAACUAUAUUAAACAACAAGACGUUCCGUUUUUUACGACCUUUCAUCUCUUUCAUAAGGGACAGUAUGUUGUUAACAUCCCAUUUGAAAGUUCAUAGAAUAAAUCCAGAGAUAUUAUCAAUUUAAUCAUUAUUAUUUUAGAUGAAUUUCAAUAACAAAUCAAAAUAUCCAUCAUCCAUUACUAAAUGUCAGUCUUCUCAGGAUUUGGUUCAUCGAGCACAAUCUAUCAAGAUGAAAUAACAAACAUUUAUGAUUCCUCAUUCAAAUCUAACUGGAAAGAGUUCAUUAAAUAUGACACUAUUGAAGAUCACUUGUAUAUUAUUUAUGGUACUCAACAUUACUUUAUCCGUCCUUACCAAUUCUCAUACGAGAGAUACGAAGUUAUUAAAUUGAACUGUUUGACAAAGGAUAUGGGCGUCAAAAACAGAAUUGUCAAACUUAAACUACAAGGUUAUAAUCUACUAGUUCAAGCAUAUAAUUAUUUAAGCGAUUCAAAUUAAUUCUAUUAUCUUAAUCUAUCCAUUGUGUAAAACAAUCGAGAGCAAUAAUAAUCAAUUUGUAUUUUAUUACCUCAAAUUUUAGAGUUUUUAAAAGUAGAAGACAUUAGAUAAUGUAUCCACAAAAAUGCCAUACUUGAUUUUAAUAUACUGAAUCAAAAAUUCCAUUCAGAAAUUAUUUUCCUUCUCCAAUCAGGGGAUAUUGUUAUUGGGCAAUUACAUUAUCCAAUAUAUUAGUAGAUUAUUGAAUGGAUCACUGGAUCAGAGUCUGAAUUUGAUGAUAUCAGUAGCAUUCGUACAUCCAAAAUGUGGAUAUUUAUUACAAUAGGUUUGAUAAUUGUGAAACUUGGCCAUCAUUUGUAUAAUUUUAUUUGA